AUGCGCGUAGGUUGUUCGUCUUUGUAGACGCGCUGGAUUAAACAGGCACAUUAGGAUGACGAGAUCUUUUCCUGUACUUCUCGAUGGGACUAGAUAGUCAUGGGAAAUUCAAAUUCGUCUAACAAUGAUCAAAAUAACUGGAUCACGGUUGCUGCUAAUGAUUCUUCUUCGCCCAUGUUUGAACCAUCACUUCGGUCUGUCAUAGAUAAACGACCUGUUUUUUCUUCUAAAAAUUUAUUUAAUAAUGGUCAGACAUCCAGUCCUAUGCUCUCUGCAGCGAUAGCGCCAGAUUCCUCCCAAAUCUUUGAUCAAAUACGAUAUCAGCCCUAUAAUGUUAAUUACGUUCCGGAUGUUGUUCAGCAGACUAAAGGAAUGAAACGAACAAAUGAAUUUGUGGGUGCCCCAAUGACUGUUGGUGACAAAUCAUCUGUCGGAAACUCAUGUUUACCUAACAAUCAGCAGUCUACAAACUUUUCCACAACUCAGCAACCUGUCAACUUUAAAAACAAUUCGGUUGCGCAUGUACGAAUUAAUCCAUCACAUAAUUCCUCUCAGACAUCUACAGAAGGGCAGUUUGUCGCUUUGCAUGAUUAUGUUAAGCGUGUAGAUGAUGAUUUGAAUAUGACAAAGGGACAAAUAUUUAAUAUACUCGACAACUCACACUGCGAUUGGUGGUAUGCUGAAUGUGUAUCUACCGGUAAUCGAGGUUAUGUACCCAAAAAUCAUUUAGCAGCUGUUACCAGUCUAGAAUCAAAUGAAUGGUACUUUGGAGAGUUGAAACGUAUUGAAGCCGAACAUUAUCUUCAACUCCCGGGAAAUGAUCAAGGCUCUUUUUUGGUUCGAAUUAGUGAAUCUCAAUCCAGUGAAUAUUCUUUAUCAGUACGAGAAGAGAAUACUGUUAAACAUUAUCGUAUUCGAUCAAGGUAUUCACGAACUGAUCCUUCAUUGAAACGUUUCUACAUUUCAAGACAACUGCCUUUUGUGAAUAUUCAACAGUUAAUCAAUCAUUAUUUAGAGAAUCAAUCUGGCUUAUGUUGUCGUUUAGGAAAACCGUGUAUUCGACCAACUCAUCCAGAGCCUGUGGGUCUUUCACAUAAACUCAUUGAUAAAUGGGAAAUUCCAAAAUCCUCAAUUAUUUUGAAGGAAAAGAUUGGACAAGGUCAAUUCGGUGAAGUAUUUAAAGCUGUAUGGAAUAAAACAACAAUUGUUGCUGUAAAAACGUUAAAGCCAAGUUCCUGUGAUGCUGCUGAUUUCCUUCGUGAAGCUCAAACAAUGAAACGCCUACAUCAUCCUAAUCUGAUACAAUUGUAUGCUGUUUGUACACAAACAGAACCUUUUUAUAUUGUUACAGAAUAUAUGUCCAAAGGUUCUUUAUUGAACUAUUUACAAUCUCCUGAAGGUCAUGCAUUAGAUAUUCAAUGUUUAAUUAUGAUGGCUGCUAAGAUAGCUUCUGGUAUGGCCUAUCUUGAAUCCAGGCGUCACAUUCAUCGAGAUUUAGCCGCUAGAAAUGUUCUAGUCGGUGAACAACAUGUUGUGAAAAUAGCAGAUUUCGGUCUUGCUCGUAUGAUUCAUAACAGAGAAUAUGUAGCACACGCAGGAGCUAGAUUCCCCAUAAAGUGGACAUCGCCUGAAGCAGCUAAUUACUCACGUUUCACUAUAAAGUCUGAUGUAUGGUCUUUCGGAAUUCUGUUGACUGAAAUAGUCACGUAUGGUCGUUCUCCUUAUCCAGGAAUGCACAACGCAGAAGUUCUAAGACAAGUAGAUGCUGGAUACCGCAUGUCGAAGCCCCCCGGUUGUCCACCAGAAUUGUAUGACCUUAUGCUAGAAUGUUGGGCAGCUGAUGAGAACAAGCGACCAUCGUUUGCGACAAUUCACUUUCGUUUGGAACAGUUUUGUGAAGAUGAGCAACCAGCUUACAAAAAUGCAAAUACGAAUAUCCACACUAAUCCUAAUGGAAACUCAAUGGUAGUUUUGCAAAAUAAGCAAAAUGUUUCCUCUGGAACUUACCACAACCACAUCGAGAUUUCGGUAUCACCAUAACCUUUGGAAUUAUGGUUUAAUGUUCUAAUUUUACUAUAAUAACCACAGUAAUUUAACACAAUUUCAUUUCCAUCGAAUCAUGUAAAUUAGAUUCCAUCCAUCUGUAAAUAUGAGUACCACAAAUUGAUUUCCAAGCAGGAACUAUAUGCAUGAUACACUAGCCAUGAAAAGUUGAACCAACCGAAAGCUACUGCUCAAUGUGUAUGUACUUCUAGUUGUUCGUUUCCAUUAUUUGUACCGCUAUGUUUGUCCACCACUGAUCUGAGCAGCUGUCGACUUUCUGUGUAUGUCAUCUGCUAGUUUGCGAUGUUGAAGCCUAGGUUUUUUAUUAAUUUUCUUCUAUAAAUAAAUCAGUAUCUCGAUCUUUCAAGUGUUUAUUGUUUUUAUGAACUUAAAUAUAUCACAAAUUAAAUCAUUAAAUUCUCGAGAG